CCGACGACUGCCGGGAGGGGGACGGUCGAGCUACUGAGUCCAGGGCUGCGCAGUCGGACGCGGGCGCGAGCGGGAGACGCCAGGCUUGCAGCGCCGAGCAAAAAGCAGAGCCAGCAGGGAGCUCCUGGACCAGCACGAUGGGGUCAGCCUGUAUCAAAGUCACCAAGUACUUCCUCUUCCUCUUCAACUUGCUCUUCUUUGUCCUGGGGGCGGUGAUCCUGGGCUUCGGGGUGUGGAUCCUGGCCGACAGGAGCAGUUUCAUCUCUGUCCUGCAGACCUCGUCCACCUCGCUCAAGGCGGGGGCCUAUGUCUUCAUCGGCGUGGGGGGCUUCACCAUGCUCAUGGGCUUCCUGGGCUGCAUUGGUGCUGUCAAUGAGGUCCGCUGCCUGCUGGGGAUGUACUUUGCCUUCCUCCUCCUGAUCCUCAUCGCCCAGGUGACUGCUGGGGUCUUAUUCUACUUCAACAUGGGCAAGCUGAAGCAGGAGAUGGGCAGCAUCGUGACCAAGCUCAUCCAGAACUACACGGAUGGUCACGAGGACAGCCUUCAGGAGGCCUGGGACUACGUGCAAGCUCAGGUGCAGUGCUGCGGCUGGGUCAGCUUCUACAACUGGACAGAAAACGCCGAGCUCAUGAGUCGCAUCAACAUCACCUACCCCUGUUCCUGCGAGAACAAGAGCAAGGAGGACAACAACAGCCUUUUGCCGCAGAUGGGCUUCUGCGAGGCCCCCGUUGGCAAUGGGACCCAGAGCAGCAACAACCCCGAUGACUGGCCUGUGUACAAGGAGCUCCUGGGGAUGCUCCUCUCCAUAUUCUUGUGCCGGCACGUCCAUUCCGAAGACUACAGCAAGGUCCCCAAGUACUGAAGCGGCCGCUGUCCCCACCUCCCUGCCUGUCCCCCAACCUCAGGGCUCCUAGGGGUCUCCCUGGCUCCCCCUCCAGGCCUGCCUCCCACCUCACUGCCAAGACCCCUUGUCCGUCCUGUGCUGGCUGGAAGUGGGGGGCGUCCUGGGGCCUGGACCCCUCUCCUUUGCUUCUCUGCCGCCAGCCUUAAGCCCCAGCUCUUCUGUGGCUCCUCCACUCACUGUCCGCCAGGGUUGUCUUAGCAACUCCGAGAAAACGCUCCCUGCACAGGUGGGCUGGGCUUCUACCUGCCUCGGGGGCUGUGUACAUUGUACGGGAGAAAGUGUAUUAAAAACUUGGGGGUGGGGUGGAUAAGGCACCCUGGGCUGUCAGGUGACUGCCCACUGCGUGGGUCAACUUUGUUUCCACUGCGAUGCUUCUGUCCUCGCUUUUCACAGUUUCGUUGAGGUAGCGGGAGAGGGGGGCUUUAGCUGACAUGAGGAGCAGCACCCCUUCCCCAGCCUGAGCCAGCCCCACCCAGGCAGCUCAGAUCAGUCUGGGCCGUGCUGUGCGAGCAGUGCCUAGGUGAGCUGGGCUGGAGCGGGGCUGCCUGGGCCAGAGGGUCUGGACUGGCCCUGGGCCACUUAGGGAAUCAGAGGGGUGAACCCUCCGGGUGUGGCGCAGAGCUGGCCCUGCAUUCUCCAGGACCCUGAGCUGUCCAGGGAAGCUAGAGGAUGCUUUUUCCUGUCCUCUGUCCCCCCGGGGGAAUGGGUGGGUAAGGCUGUGCCUUGUAGGGGAGUGGGGAGGGGCCCUGUGUACAGUUCUGUAAAACAGAGAUGACUGAUUAUUAAAGAGGAUUUGUAACAAUCCAGCCUGCCAUGGUGGGGAUGCUGCUUCCCUGGGUUGGGGGAGGACCAAAGGGCAGAGGUAAUGUUAACAGAGUGGCUGGGUCUGCAGGAGAGAGUUGUGGGCGCCUCACUGCUGUCUCCAGGGCCGGGGGCCCUUUUGGGGCAUCUCUGGUCCCCUGUUCAAGCUGGGACCAUGAGAAGUGUGACGCCUGGCUCUUGUCCAUUUGCCUGGCUGCCGGCGUGGCUGGGGUUUGAUUUGUGUGUUCAAACAGGUGUAGAUGGUACCCCUAGGUUCCGGCCUCCGAGACCAGGGUACAGGUGCCCCUGGGCUGGCCGCGGGGGUGGAUCAGUGAAUCCACAGAAUAAACUCCGCCUCUUUC